GCUCUGCUGCAUGCACUACACUCUGUUCUAGGUGCACAGUACACACUCAGCUCUGCUGAAUGCACUACAUUAUCUUCUAGGUGCACAGUACACACUCAGCUCUGCUGAAUGCACUACAUUAUCUUCUAGUUACACAGUACACACUCAGCUCUGCUGCACACAUUACAUUAUCUUCUCGGUGCACAGUACACUCAGCUCUGCCGCAUGCACUACACUCUGUUCUAGGUGCGCAGUACACACUCAGCUCUGCUGAAUGCAUUACAUUAUCUUCUAGGUGCACAGUACACACUCAGCUUUGCUGCACACAUUACAUUAUCUUCUCGGUACACAGUACACUCCGCUCUGCCGCAUGCACUACACACUGAGCUCUCUGCAGCACACAUUACCACUACACAUAACGGACCCUGACUCCGCCCAUACAUGUGGCAGUUCACGUGACCAUGACAUCACCGCAGGUCCUUUCACUCUCUACAAUUUGGCAUCUUCCGUCUGCUCCUCAUGGAGACUCCUUCUACGGAAUUAUCCGCUGGUGCCCGGGAAGGGGCGGAGCCAUGGAUAGUGGAACACCCGAAGGUGAGAGUGCAGACCCGGUUUAAGGAGAUGAUGGCGCUGGAUGUAGCGGACAGUUCACAAGUCUAUGCAGCAUUUCUGGUCUACAUGGAUCUUCUAGAAGUACGGAACUGGAACAAUGUGCAAAUUAUGGGCUCAUCAGACCUUCAUAUCGUUUACCUAUGUGGGGAAGAGAAAAAUGACAUCCCGCCUCAAGUCAUAAUCCCCACUCCAGUCUCUGUGCCUUGCAGCCAUGAGAGAAUUCAGCAUUUUCUAAAACUGAACCAUACGCCAGAAAAAGACGAGAACUCGGCACGUUCUGUUCUCUUAGCGAUUGUCGAAACCGAUUCUACAAUAGUGUAUUACAAACUGACGGAUGGGUUUGUGGUACCGGAUCCCCCAGACUUUGUCGACGACGUGGACAAUAAACGCUGGAAAAGAAAGAAAAUGAGGUCUCUGCGGUAACCAGAAUGAUGCAAAACUACAACUCCCAGCAUGCCCGGACAGCCUUUGGCUGUCCGGGCAUGCUGGGAGUUGUAGUUUUGCAACAGUUGUAGGCACUCUGGUUGGAGAACACUGUUGUGGGGGAUAGAACUGCUCACCAUGGUGGAGUGCGGUACUUACUGAGUGGGAUCCAGACAGAUUUUAAAGGGGUAUUCCAGGAAAAAACUUUUAUAUCAACUGGCUCCAGAAAGUUAAACAGAUUUGUAAAUAACUUCUAUUAAAAAAUCUUAAUCCUUUCCAUAAUUAUCAGCUGCUGAAGUUGAAUUGUUGUUUUCUGUCAGACAACAGUGCUCUCUGCUGACAUCUCUGCUCGUCUCGGGAACUGCACAGAGUAGAAUAGGUUUGCUAUGGGGGAUUUGCUUCUAAACUGGGCGGUUCCCUUGUAGAUGUCAUCAGAGAGCACUUUGACAGAAAAGAACAACUCAACUUCAGCAGCUCAUAAGUACUGAAAGGAUUAAGAUUAAGAAGUAAUUUACAAAUCUGUUUAACUUUCUGGAGCCAGUUGAUAUAUAAAAAUAAGUUUUUCCCUGGAUAACCCCUUUAAGUCUAAUUUUCAAAGUCUAUACUUUAUAUAAGAUAAUACAGGUGUUUUUUUAUUUAUUUUUUUUAUUCCCCGAAUAGUUGAUAAUAAGCCAAAAUCAGCUAGUAAUGCCUUGAUAUUAAACCUUGUAUAAUAUUCUGGGUGAAAACCAAGAAAUCUGAGCUCAUGAGAAGCAUUACUAGACAGUCUGGAUUGGAAGCGUUCAAUACACGUUGUGUAACACAUAAAGAAAUAUGUUAAAUAUAAGGCACAAGCAAUAAGAAGUAGUUCGCUUUAAUGGAAAUUUUUUUAUUUAUUGUACCUUGUCAGUCAAAUAUUGCCAUUCUUUAUAUUGUGAUCUCUGCACUCAAUAAAAUGUAUCAAUGGUAUUAGAUGUGCCUAUAUCCUGAUAACGGCUUAUAAAGGAUACAUUUUAGUUCUGUAUAAGGUUCUAGUCAUAUCUGUUUUGUGGCUUGCCAAAGCCUCAUAUGGAGCAAAGAAAGGUAAAGACCCUGAUGAAGCUAGGUUGAGCGAAACAUGGUUGAAUUCUAGAGUGCUGGUGCAACGACCAGCAUUUAAUGGGGUACUCCGGUGGAAGACUAUUUUUUUUUAU